AUGACAGUCUACUUCGCUGAUUCCCAUCAUCAACUUGGGGUGCAAAUAGCGACAUUCAGUGGAAAAGAAGUUGAGCAGUGCAUAUCAAACGAAGGUUAUUUCCAUAGGAAGAAUAACCAAUUAACAAUUUUGAGUGUAAAUGCAGAAUGCAAUAAUCAGUUGAUACAAGUUAUCCAAUACGCUAAAACAGUGCCAGAAGAUCUACGUGUACGUGUUAUUAAUGUUGCUGAAAAUUACAAAGAAGCAAUGCUUCAACGGCCAUAUCAACUAUGUGAUGUAAGUAUCGCUAAUGAUGUAAAUGAGGACACUAUGAAGUGGCUGUUAUUCGACUGUAAUGAAAGUAAAAAGAAGGGUAGUACGAAGUCAAAGAUCAAAUGGCUAAUUAUAUCAAUCAUCACAGCGGUCACUGUUAUCAUAGUGGUCGCAAUCGCAGCAUACUACUAUUGCAUAAAAGGAAAAAGGCAAAAAAACCGGAAGCAAGAAGAACAAGAGCAUGAACAACGACAACAACAAAAUCAACAGACAUCUUUAAAAACAUCUUCCGGAAAAUUAUAUGAAGUGACAGAUCGUACAACUCAAGCAAGUGCAUCAACCACUCAAAUAACAGAUUCAUCCGAUUCCAAGUUGAUCCGAAAUAUCUAUCAAACAAAGGGAAAGGUACGAACAAAACAAAAUAAGUUGCAAGACAUUAAUGAACGGAUCAAUCGACAAGCUGACGAAGAAUUUAAACAAGUAAAGAAGGAAUUAAUAGCAUUUUAUAAACAAGUCAGACAAUGCUUCCCAGAGAAAACGGAAAAAACACAACAACAAUCCGAAAAGAAUCUGGCUUCUGAAGAGGACAACUCAAGUUCAUUAAGUAGAAGCUGA